GUCAAGUUAGCCUAUCUGUUCCAACCGGGAAUAAUGAAACCAUUUCUGCUUACUAUUGAUCCUGUGGAAUGAAGUGGAUCUGAGGCUGAGGCUGAACAAUUGGCGCUCUUUGGAGGAUGGGACAGGCAUAAAGUGCGGGUUUUCCCUGUUCAGGCCAGCCUUGUGGUUAUUCCCGUAAUGCGUCAACUCUCAGCUUCAGUCAAGCUGUCUUCCCUAGUUCAACCAAAAUGGCCGGAACUUUAGCAAAACCGGGUAGUUUGAACUUGAUCCUCUCAAUUGCAGCCAUCCUCUGCUUCCAUAUCCAACCAACAACAGCCCUCCAACGCUCCAACAAGCAAUUCCAAGAAUUCUUCCCAGCAUGGGCCCCCCUUCUAAAAGACCAACUCAAAUACAACUGCUCCUCCAAAAUCCAAGAAUACCUCAACAUAUCCAGUCCGGCUCCUCGUCCAGGCUAUGGCGUCAUCGACUGUAUCCUCAGCACCAUGCCGGAAUUCAGAAAGGCUGAGCUAGCAUCGGCUGCUGUCAUUCUUGGUCUCGCGCCAUCUGUUCUUCAGUUACUCAGUGCUUCGUAUCUUGAUACAGCGAUAUUGGCGUAUCGGAGACCGGGACUGGCAGUGGUGUUGGCGAUGUGUAGUUCUGGAGUGAGGCCGCUUACGGCGACGGAUUAUGAUGACUUUAUAAGCAAGAUGGGUAGCGAAUCUUCCACAACGUUUGGUAUACCGCGGUUUGCUGGAGCUCAGGCGAUUGUGUCGUUGGUGGAGUACAUCAUCGCCGCUGCAUCAGUCGCAAACAAUGCAUAUCUCACAUACCAACUCUGCCUCCAAGCAGUGUGUACAUUCGCUCCGGCAGAAGACUUUCUACCCGCUGUCUGGACCGCUGCAGCUCUAGCAAUCCAUCUUGUCGGAUACAUCACCGCACGUUUAAAAAUUACCGUUGAGACGAAAAGCGCAUGGGAAGAUCGAGGAAGACUGUGGUCUGAACUCACACCAACACCCUGGCAGUCCAAACUCCAAGUCAAAGCGAACAGACGACAUACGGGCUGGUUCCUCACUCUUGCGUCAGCUUUAUACGUGGGCGAUUGUCUCCAAGCACUCUUCGGAACGCUUAUUCUGUCGAGUUUGGUGUUCAUUAGUGUGAGGGACUCUGCGAUCAUUGUGAUUCGACUAAUGGGGAGUGCUCUUUUCGCAAGGUUGAUCCUCAUCUAUGAAUUGGCGGGGCUGAAGACGGAUGGCGAGGGAUAUACUGCAUCUGAGAGCACCAUCUACUUGGAGUCUCUUGAGCAGAAUGAGAGAAACUUGAGAGGAUCCCGAGUUUUCUCAUAGUUAUGUACGUCAAAGGAUGUCUUGCCCCGGUAGAAGAGAUGAAUACAAACACUAUAAAGUCAUUUAUCACUUGAACUGGAAAAGUACAAGUUGGCGCUAGGUCCAGGCCUGUCGUGUGAACUCGAGGGUGAUGAAGGGUGGCUAUGUGGUAUUCUCGGCAACAUAGAUCUUCACGACCCCCCAAGACCAAUCUUCAUUGCCGAUACUCAUUGC